AUGGAUUUUGUGGAGGCAUUACCAAGGACCAGGGCAGGGAAUGACACGAUUUGGGUCAUUGUGGAUCGAUUGACUAAGUCUGCAACCUUUAUACCUAUGAAAAACACUUUUUCUAUGGAUCAGUUAGGAAGGGCAUAUAUGAAGUUUGUGGCUAUGGGAACAAAGUUACUGAUGAGCACAUCUUUUCACCCUGCAACUAAUGGUCAGACUGAAAGGACCAUCCAGACCUUGGAGGACAUGUUGAGAGCAUGUGUACUGGAGUAUCGAGGUUCAUGGGAAGACCACUUAGACUUGAUUGAGUUUUCACAAAAAAGCUAUGCUGACGAGAAGCGUAGGGAUGUAGAAUUCCAAAUAGGAGAGAAGGUGUUGCUGAAGAUAUCUCAUAUGAAGGGGGUAAUGAGAUUUGGUAAGAGGGGAAAGCUGAGCCCAAAGUACAUUGGGCCAUAUGAGAUUCUUCAAAAAGUUAGGAAAGUAGCAUAUAAGUUGGACUUACCCAACGAGUUUGAAAGGGUGCAUAAUGUUUUUCAUGUGAGCCAGAUUGGCAAGUAUGUUCCUGAUGUUGCACAUGUGCUAGAACCAGAGACAAUGGAGCUAGAUGAAAGUUUGACCUAUGAAGAAAGACCGGUGAGAAUUUUAGAUAGUAAAGUUAAAAGCACUAGAAACAAGGAUGUGAAGAUUGUCAAGGUUCUAUGGUCGAACCAUAAGGUUGAGGAAGCAACUUGGGAGGCUGAGGAAGAAAUGGGUAAAAAGUACCCUAACCUUUUCAUGGUGAGUGGUUAA